AUGCUAAAAUUAUUAAUUCCAACCAUUAUAUUAUUCCCAACAAUUUGAGUAUUAUCCCCUAAAUGAUUAUGAUCCAUUACUACAGCACAUAGUUUAAUAAUUGCCACCUUAUCCCUUACAUUAUUUAAAUAUUACUCUACCACCCCUUGAUCAAACCUUAAUUAUAUAAUAGCCACUGACAUAAUUUCUACACCAUUAAUUGUCCUAACUUGCUGACUACUCCCACUCAUGAUUCUUGCCAGCCAGAAUCACAUCUCCCCAGAACCUAUCAACCGCCAACGAAGCUAUAUUACAUUACUAGUGUCCUUACAAACCCUACUAAUUAUAGCCUUCAGCGCUACAGAAAUCAUUCUAUUCUAUAUCAUAUUUGAAGCUACCUUAAUUCCCACUUUAAUCAUUAUUACCCGCUGGGGAAAUCAAGCAGAACGCCUCAACGCAGGAACUUACUUCCUAUUUUAUACUCUAGCUGGUUCACUCCCACUGCUAGUAGCCCUCCUUUAUCUCUAUAAUACAGCCGGCUCACUAUCAAUUAUCUCAAUAAACUUAAUUUCUAUCCACCCUGACACCUGAGCCAACACUUUUCUAUGAGUUGCGUGCUUAAUCGCUUUUUUAGUAAAAAUACCACUAUAUGGGGUACACUUAUGACUUCCUAAAGCACACGUAGAAGCCCCUAUUGCCGGAUCAAUAAUCCUUGCUGCAGUCCUCCUAAAAUUAGGCGGAUACGGAAUGAUUCGAAUAACCAUUAUUCUUGAACCUACAACAAAAUCGCUAGCCUACCCAUUUAUUAUUCUAGCACUAUGAGGAAUUAUUAUAACAGGAUCCAUUUGUAUACGACAAUCUGACAUAAAAUCCCUAAUUGCCUACUCAUCCGUUAGCCAUAUAGGAUUGGUUGCCUCAGGUAUUCUUAUUCAAACCCCCUGAGGUUUCACAGGAGCAAUUAUUUUAAUAAUUGCACACGGGUUAACUUCCUCCGCUCUAUUCUGCCUUGCUAAUACCACUUAUGAACGCACACACUCUCGAACACUCCUAUUAGCUCGAGGAAUACAAAUUAUUAUACCUCUAAUAGCAACCUGAUGACUUAUUAUAAGCCUAGCAAAUAUAGCUUUACCUCCUCUACCUAAUCUAAUAGGGGAACUUAUAAUUAUAAUCUCAAUAUUCAACUGAUCUGCUUGAACUAUCCUAUUAACGGGCACCGGAACACUGAUUACAGCUGGCUACUCACUUUACCUUUUUGUAUCCUCCCAACGAGGACCAACCUCAAAUAAUUCCUCUAUAGAGCCUUCCCACACCCGAGAACACCUCUUAUUAACCUUACAUAUUAUUCCUGUUCUACUUCUAAUAGCUAAGCCCGAACUAAUCUGAGGUUGAUGCUGAU